AAGAAGUGCUUCUCCCAAAUGCUUCCACGGCGACCUCGUACUAUAUAUUACGUGUAAGCGACCAAGCACAAGAGGAGAACCUCUGUGUGUGUGUGUGUGUGUGUGUGUAUGUGUGUGUGUGUGUGUGUGUCCAAAACCCUAGGAAGAGGAGCCCAAUCGAUCGGAGCUUGGGGUGGAGUCGGAGGAGAUGGGCGAGGAGUGCUUUGCGACGCAGCUCAUCGACGGCGACGGGGCGUUCAACGUGGAGGGCCUCGAGCGCUUCAUCAGGGCCGUCCAUCUCGCCGAUUGUGGCCUCUCCUACGCCGUCGUCUCCAUUAUGGGCCCUCAGAGUAGCGGGAAAAGCACUCUAUUAAAUCAUCUUUUCAAAACCAACUUCAGGGAGAUGGAUGCCUUUAAAGGGAGGAGCCAAACAACUAAAGGCAUUUGGAUAGCAAAGGGUAUUGGUAUCGAGCCUUGUACAAUCGUCAUGGAUUUAGAGGGUACAGAUAGUAGAGAAAGAGGAGAGGAUGAUACUACAUUUGAAAAGCAAAUCUCGCUCUUUGCUCUAGCAAUUUCAGACAUUGUUAUGAUUAAUAUGUGGUGUCAUGACAUAGGCCGAGAGCAGGCUGCUAAUAGACCUCUCUUGAAGACGGUUUUUCAGGUUAUGAUGCGUUUGUUUAGUCCUCGCAAGACUACGCUGCUUUUUGUCAUUCGUGACAAAACUAAGACUCCCAUGAAAUAUCUAGAGCCAGUGCUAAGGGAAGACAUUCAAAAGAUCUGGAGUUCUAUUUCUAAGCCAGAAGCUCACAAGGAAACUGCACUGAGUGAAUUUUUCAACGUGGAGGUUACUGCUUUGCCCAGUUAUGAAGAGAAGGAAGAGCAAUUCAAAGAGCAGGUUGCGCAACUAAGGCAGCGCUUUUUCAAUUCAAUUGCCCCAGGAGGCCUUGCAGGCGACAGACGAGGUGUUAUACCAGGCUCAGCAUUUUCUUUUAGUGCGCAGCAGAUUUGGGCCGUCAUAAGAGAAAAUAAGGACCUUGACCUUCCUGCUCACAAGGUUAUGGUUGCUACUGUUCGGUGUGAAGAGAUUGCAAAUGAAAAGCUUGGUCGUUUGGCAUCUGAUGAGAAUUGGUUGGAGUUGAAAACAGCUGUUCAAUCUGGUCGAGUAGCAGGCUUUGGGAGAAAACUUAGCUGCAUCCUCGAUUUUUACCUAUCAGAGUAUGACAUGGAAGCUGCCUACUUUGAUGAAGGCGUUAGGACCGCAAAAAGAGAGCAGUUGGAAUCUGGAGCCUUGAAUUAUGUGCAUUCCACUUUCACGGCAAUGUUGGGACACCUCCGUUCCAAAGCUUUGGAGAAAUUCAAAAAUGAUUUAGAACAGUCAUUGAAAAGUGGGAAGGCGUUUGCAGCAGCAGUUCGUGAUUGUACUCGGGCUUCUUUGCUUGAGUUUGAUAGAGGAUUAGAAGAUGUGACUGUUGAGCAAGCAGAUUGGGAUGCUUCCAAAGUUAGGGACAAACUCAGGCGUGAUAUCGACUCCUAUGCUGCAUCUGUUCGAACCGCAAAACUUGCUAAAUUAAAAGCUUCUUCUGAGAGCAAAUUAACAGAAGCACUGGCAGGACCUGUUGAGUCACUUCUAGAAGCAGCUGGAGAUGAUACUUGGGCUUCAAUUAGGAACCUUUACAGGCGCGAGACAGAAAAAGCCGUUUCUGAUUUUACGAGUUCCCUUUCUGGGUUUGAACUUGAACAGGCUACUCACGACACGAUGAUCCAAAACCUAGAGGAAUUCGCUAGAGGUGUGAUAGAAAAGAAAGCUAGAGAUGAAGCAGGGAAGGUUCUGAUACAUACGAAGGAUAGGUUUUCUACUGUAUUUAACCAUGAUAAGGACUCAAUACCAAGGGUUUGGACUGGGAAGGAAGAUAUUAGGGCGAUAACAAAGGAAGCACGUUCAGCGGCCCUAAAACUCUUAGCUGUAUUUGCGGCCAUACGCUUAGAUGAUAAACCAGACAAGAUAGAGAAUGCUCUCAGCUCGAGUCUAUUAGAACAAGGUCCCGUCUCUCAAAGUAGGAGUAUUGAAGCCUCUACAGACCUUCUCGCUUCAAGCACAUGGGAAGAGAUACCACCUAGGAAUACAUUAAUUACUCCAGUGCAGUGCAAGUCCAUUUGGAGGCAAUUUAAAUCAGAAACUGAGUACACCAUCACCCAAGCAAUCUCAGCACAGGAAGCUCACAGACGGAGUAGUAAUUGGUUGCCUCCUCCUUGGGCGAUCGUCGCAAUUGCAAUCCUCGGUUUUAACGAAUUUAUGAUGCUUCUAAGGAACCCAGUGUACAUCUUGGGACUCUUUCUUCUUUUCAUUGUAUCCUAUGCCGUGGUGUUACAAUUCAAUAUCCUUGAAGAAUUUCGGCACGGCAUGCUCUCGGGACUUCUAGCUCUGUCAGCAAGGUUUCUUCCGACAGUAAUGAACAUACUAAGGAAACUAGCCGACGAGGGGCACAAGUAUUACCAGCCCCCCCAACCUCCACGACCGGCCCCUCCUAUUGACGCACCAAGUUUCAGAAGCCGAUCGCAAGGGCAACCUCCUUUAUCAUCCAACCCGGCCCCCGACUCACACUCCUCAUCGUCCUCACCUGCUUCUCCGACGCUCAACUCUUCGUAAAUAGGAAACACCAACUUUCGCUGUAUAUUGUUGUGUUUUGUUUUAACCACUUAAGCUGUAGAAAAGAUGGAAGAGAUGAGUGUGCCCUAGUGAUAGCUGACAAUAAACGCAGGCGUCGCGGAAAAAGGAACAGUUUAGAUAGUCUUUGUAUUACUUAUUUCUCCAUCUAAUGUAUAGUGACGAGUGUGCCCUAGAAUUGUUGUUUCUGAUUACUUGAUGAACUCGAAAACAUGUUCUGCGCUACAAUAGCGCUGAAACAGAUU